CCGGUUUCUCUGUGCUCACUUCCGGGCUUCCUCAGCUUUGGAUGGUUUGGGCGCGAAGCGCUCUGAGCACAGCUCCUGAAAGGGUUCAAGGAUCAGUUUUUGAUUUGAAAAACUGUUACAAUUGUUCUGUUUAAAUUAAGAUGUCUAGCAAAGCAAAUGCUUCCAAGAAAAAAUCUCAACAGUUAAAAAGAAAUCCAAAAAGAAAAAUUGAUGAUGAAAAAGCAGAAUUACCAGAGAAAAAGGUUAGAAACACAGUGAAAAAAAAUAAAAAUCAUCCAAAACAUCUGUCUUCUGAAGUGACAAGACAAACAAAGCAUACUACUCUAAAACAGGUAAAGAUAGCAUCCAACAAGAGAAAAACCUGGCAACCUCUUUCGAAGAGUAGCAGAGAACAUUUGCAAAAUAUGAUGGAAUCUGUAGCAAUAUCAGUUCUGAGUGACAGUAUUAGAGAAAAUAAACAAAUUCAAUAUCAUCUGAAUUUCCUAAAGAAAAGAUUGCUGCAACUGUGUGAAACCCUGAAAGUCCCUCCCAAAAAGCUGCAAGAUUUAUCUCAUGUGUCAAGUCUACUGAAAACGGAAAGGGCACAGCACAGAGAUAAUGAGGAAGGUCUGGCAUCUUUGCAGGAAGAAACAGAUAAAAUGGUAGCGACUAUAGAGUCAAUGACUGGGGAUAUUCACAGCCUAAAGAACAAAGUUCGUGUUCUGACAAGUGAGAUAGAAGAAGAAGAAAAGAAGAUAAAACAGAUGUUUCAUAUAGAUAGUGGGGUACUCUCUCUUCCUGAACUUUCUCAAAAGAGUCUCAGAGCACCCAUCCUUCAGAGAGAAAUUUUGACGCUAAUUCCAAAUCAGAACAGUCUUCUGAAGGACUUGGAAGUUCUCCAUAAUUCAUACCAGAUGAAGCACAUGUUAACCUUCAUUGAAGAAGUCUAUAAAAGACUGGAUGCCUCUUAAAGAGUUGGGUUUUUUUUUUGUAGAUUGUCCCAUAUUAAUGUUUAUGAAUUGUAAAAAUGUUAAUCUAUGUGAUAUUGCAGAGGCUGAGGCUUCUUCAGAUACGCACUUUAACCUCUAGAGGUCUACCGUUAGCAUCUAAUGUAGGCCUUAAAGACUGUUUUUAUCAGUUCACAAGUCUAGGAACUCACAUUUAUGUUACUGUAUCUCCAGUUAUGUGCCCAUAACCAUAAAGUGAGAAUAGCCACAAUCUGAUGGUUUAUAAUAGCUGAUAGAGCUUGUUUAUUGUUUAAUGCAAAGCAAGUGUGAUACUAUGAUUUAAUAUAUAUAAUUGUUUAUAGUGCCUAGCACAUAAAAACAUAAGUGUUUGCUAUCCUUAUUGUUCUUUAGCUGAUGACUUGCAUUUUCCGUCUGGUCGUGUGGAACUUGCAACAUCCCCAAUUGCCCUUGCUCUUUUACACAACACCCUAGACUGUAUGUGACAUCAUUAUGAUUAACCAGGUGUCUUUAACUUUAAAGGCAGCAUGAAAGUUUUGUUUCUUUUUUUAGGUUAGUGAAUAGAUGCUGAAUAUUUAUUUUCUAUUCUCAUCAGAGCAUACCUUUACUUCAUAAAAUUGUUAAAAAGAAACCCAAGCUCAUUUACUCCCUUAAAACAAAUGCCAAACCAAAAAUAAUAAUAAUAAUAAUAACUUCUUUCUAAACCUUUCCUCAUGAUAAUAUGCAUAUUCAUGUGAAGAAAUUAUCACUUAAAUUCAUUAAAAAUCAUUUUUAACCAA